AACUAACAGUCGUCGUGAGGCUUUCGGACCAUCGAAACGUCCCGCGGCUCGAUAGAGAAGAGUAACAGGAAAUUUGUUUUUUGCCUCUUUUUUUUCCUUUUUUCAGUUAGCAUAUUUGAGAAGCUCAAAUAUUCGAUAUCGGAGUAAACUGAGGCGAUAACGUUAACGCCUUACUUCCAGUGCUCGGUACAACUUUUGUGAUAACGAUUUAGUUUACUCGAUAACUAUCGUUGUGUCAUGCCGGGAUCCCCACGAUAUCGGUCUGACGGUGGCCCAAACGCAAUUAACAAGUUCAACGCUAAUAUUUUUACAAAAGUUAAUUGAAGUUUUAAUCUAUCGACAUUAGUUAACUCGCAAAGAUUGACCGCUAGAAUGGUCGGUGCUAAAUCUCGUUCCGGUUGUUACUUCAUGUUGACAGCGAUCUUCGUCUGUUUUUGCAAGUGCCGCUGCUCAUCGGAUACGGAUGGUUUCCACGAUCACAGAUUCUUCUUGCAACAGAUUUUUAACAAAUACGGUGACAAAGGUAUCAUAACAUUCGAGGGUUUCGAACACCUGUUGGAGAGUCUUGGUCUGGGAAGAUUGUCGUUUGAAAAAAAGCACAGUGUUUCGAUGCAUCGUAUAAACGGUUCGUUCAAAGAUGUUCACGAUGAAUUACAUCUGCACGAUCAUCGCCACGGUCCUAAAGAGAUUGGAUUUGAUCAAAGUGACGCAGACAACACGGUCAGCUCGAAGGAAAUCGCCGACUUCUCCGAAACCGAUGAACCGUUGGUAAGAACCGGUGAUUUGCCAACUCUGCGUUCCACAACGACCGAGAAGAAUUCUAGCAUCGUUAAAAGGAGCACCGUGAAAGAUCCUGAACCUGGUGUGUCCGGAGCUCCCGAAGACGAUAUCGGACUUUGCCUAUCUCCUCAGGCACUUUUAAAGACUUUUGGACUUCGACCGAACCAUUCAGUGGCCAUAAAACCAUCACGAUUCCUGCACCUUUGCCCGGCAAUUGUUUACCAAUUGGAUAAAAGGGCAUGUAGCGUUCAAGCUGCACCGGUUUCGGUCGCGUCGGAAUCAAAGACUCGUCGAAAUGUUUCGCAAAGCGAAGCCUGGCUUCACGCGACUUUGGCAACCGGUCUGAUUAGCUCGGUUGGUCUCUUGGCGGUUCUUAUGGUGAAGUUGACGGAACGUCGUUCGUUUCUACAUUUUCUCGUUGCCCUCGCGGUCGGUUCUCUUAGCGGUGACGCUUUGUUGCAUUUGCUGCCGCAUGCUCUGCUUUCAGAGAUAAUAGAUCACGAGACCGCUGCACUUAGGUGCGGUGCAACGUUCUUGGCAAUAAUAUCAUUCUACGGACUAGAAGGUGCUCUUUCCCUCGUGCGAUCGACCCGCCUGGAGAGGAAGAUUUCAGAGUUGGGAAUACCUAGAGCAGUUUCUUUGGAGCUUAAAUCGGUUAAAAAUCAUGUUGCUGGAGAACAUGAAGAGGCGGGAACUAUGUUGGCUUCAACGCAUCGGGAGCAUCAUGGUCACACUCACGGAUUUCCGGCUGAGGGGGACGCUUCUUCUUCCCUGGCUUUUCUUGUUCUCGUAGGCGACGGACUUCACAAUUUCACCGACGGUCUUGCAAUCGGAGCUUCAUUUGCGUCAGAUCCAGUCGCCGGACUUGCAACGACAAUAGCGGUAUUUUGUCACGAACUACCGCACGAACUCGGCGAUUUCGCAGUCCUCAUUAAUUCGGGUAUGAGCGUAAAACGAGCUUUAUUGUACAAUAUCCUGUCAUCUGCAUUGAGUUUUAUCGGUGCAGCCUGCGGCGUUUGGCUCGGUGAAUUUGAGGACGUCACCCACUGGAUAUACGCUGCUACCGCGGGAACAUUCCUCUACAUCGCCCUCGCCGAUUUGGUACCGGAAAUGAUGUCGUACGUAAAAAGUGAUGCGAAAUUUCAAGGGAUAUUCAUCCAGAUAGCCGGUAUGACUUUGGGAGGUUUAUUAAUGCUAGUCAUCGCAUUCCAUGAAGAUAAACUUCAUGAUCUACUUUUGUAGCUAAUGUUUUCGCUGACAUUAAUCACUCUAGGAGAAAAAAAACCGACAAACUAUACAUGAAAUCGAAAUACCUGUACGUAUAAUAUUACAUUUGGAUACGACGCUCUGUCAAAAAUCAUGAGUGUUGAACUGUUGUUUGAAGUUCUAUAGUAUACAUUUGUAUAUGACAAUAUUAUGUAUACAUUGUCAUACAGCUUGUUAACAGAUGGAAAACAAUUGAUUAAAAGAAUGAUGAUUGUUAUGAAAAAUAGAGACAGGUGAUAAAA